CUUCUAUCUUCUAUCUUCUAUCCUCUAAUCUCGAUGUUAGAUGAAGUGUGUGCUCUUUAGCUGCAUGCAAAAUGCUUGUUAGCUGUUUAAUUACAGGCCUAUCAAACAGCUAUAAGCGUUUGCUACGGUGAUUACGGCGCAUAUUGGAAUCGCCAAGAAAAGCCCUGCCGAUUGUACGCGAAACAAAUCAAUCAUCGUACCACCGAUCCGUAAGGCUCCGGCUUAAGAAUACGGCAUUAGAUGUUGGUUCUUCUAUUUCACCUCUAUUAGCCCUAUUUUACUAUCGAGCGCAGCAGGCUAAGAGACGAUCCAGGAUGCCUCAAUUGCCAGCAGGAACUAUUGGGGAUGCUGUAGGCGUGCUGUUGUUCACGUUUAUUUGCCUCUUUACCAAUAUUCUCCUCAUAUGGCUUUACUGGAUCAGUCACGAGAGGCUAAGCUGUGAGCCCGAAUGAUCCCACCAACGUUCUAAAAGCCGGGUGCAUUCUAACCAGGAUCCCUAUAGAUGUAGCCUUAAUCGCGUACUUUUCCCUAUUAUGCACCAUGAGUAGCAUCGUGCAGCAGAUAUACAAUUACGCCCUAUUGGAUGAUCUCAUGUGGGCUCAGCUUUAUUAUAUCAAAGCGAACUAUGAGAAUUAUCGGAUACAUAUAUGGCGUGACACCUGGAUUGGCAAUAUGGAUAGUAUUUGGCCUUACUCGAACAUUCAGGGGUAUUAUGUACGAGAGGUUCGUACCCAGGAGAUGGCGAACAAAACAGCCGAAGUCCCUACCAUCACCGGGAAGCUCAUGGAAUGCUUCCCAUGAAAUCCACCAUACAGACUAUAUAUCAAGAUCAAAUAUGACGCGAGCUGCGAUAGAAACCGGGUAUCAAUUGGAUGAUAUGCAUCGGGCAAAGGGGUCUUCAUCACUUGAGCUGACGACUAAGCCUUUACUAGUCAAUAAUCCAACCGCCUCGUAGACACGCAGUGAGAAGUCUAUUUCAGACAGGGGCAAGAAUAUUUCGCGUCAAUAAUUACUCUAUUUCAUGUCGUAGCAAAUCAACAUAUAGGAACGCAACGGUUAUAUACCACGCAUUAUGAUUAUUUGAUGAAGAGAAAAGAAGGGAUAAGGGUGGUAAGGAAUUGUCUCCCUAAAACGCCCCUUUUCUCCCUAUAUAAAGUGGAUAACGAUACGAUUGAUUUGACUCGAGGGUUUAAAAACCAGGCUACCAUGUAUUCUCAGCAAGCUCAUGUAUAUAAUAUGUGAUGUAUAAAUGACACCAAAGUCGAG